AUGGGAUCCAGCAAAAGUACUUUACAACACAUCCCCAACGCACAGGAGCUGAUCCAAGAGACCGGCUUCUCGCCGGCUCACAUUCAGCGCCUGUACGAGCGUUUCGACCUCCUGGAUCGAGACCAAAUGGGCCGACUCAGAGUCCCGGAUUUUGAAGCGAUUCAGGAGCUGGCGGAGAAUCCCAUUGGAGACAGGAUCAUUGGAGCUUUCUUUGCCUCUGGCAAAGACACCGUGGACUUUCCUUCGUUCGUUCGUGUUUUGGCGCAUUUCCAGCCGACGGACGCCAACAGAAGCCGAGACUCCGCCCCUGAGCCCUACACCAGCCCCAACAGGAAGCUGCGAUUUGCGUUCCAGUUGUACGACCAGGACCGAGACGGGAAGAUCUCCAGAGCCGAGCUGCUUCAGGUGCUGCAGGAGAUGCUGGGGCUACAGGUGUCAGAUGAGCAGCUGCAGAGUAUCGCAGAGAGAGCCAUUCAGGAGGCGGACCUGGACCAGGACGACGCCAUCUCCUUUGAGGAGUUCAAACAGUCUCUGGAGAAAGUGGACAUCGAUCAGAAAAUGCGGAUCGGCUUCUUGAGCUGA